UUGUGAUCCCUGACUGUUCGUCCAGUCAUAAUUGUAACUGGGGAAGGGUUUUUCUGGAGCUGCUCUCACUGUGGUUACCCCUGGUCCUUCCUGUCAGCAAAUGGUAGCAGCCACAAUGUCAUGUGACUCCCUCUGACUGUCAAUAGAAAUAGUAUAAAAAGCUCGAGCUGCCUGCGACUCAUCAACAAUUAAAGAAUUCCCAGUCUUUGGAAUUCACACCACUCAAGACCAAGGUCAAGCGAAGAUGAGGAGUCUGCUUCUGCUCAUUCUUCUCGGGCUCGUGGGCCAGUCCUGUUGCAGAGUUAUUUCCAGGCACUCUGAUGAGAGUCUCGGUGACGGUAAACGAGAACCUGCUGAUAUUGAAGGAGUUUCCAGCCGCUCUGAUGAGAGUCUCGAUGAUGAUAAACAAGAAGUUGAUGGGAUUAAAGAUAAACAAGGAUCAGUUGAUAUUGAAGGUGUUUCCGGCCGCUCUGAUGAGAGUCUCGGUGACGAAUCUUUAGAGAACAGAAGCCACUCCAAUGUGCAAGAUUCUUUAGAAAAAGCGAGUCACUCUGAGACACAAGAUUCCGAUGAAAUUGCCAAAAGGAAAAGCAAAGAGAUCGGUUCCAGAGAAGAUGAUGACUCUGUAGAGAAUGAGAGCGAGCCUGAUACUAAAGAUUCUUCCCAGAAGGGGAGUCACUCUGCAGAGACAGGAUUGGAUCAGAUUGGAGAGUGGAAUGAAAACAGCCACAAUUCCAAUUCCGACGAAAUUACCAAAAGGAAAAGCAAAAAGAUCGGUUCCAGAGAAGAUGAUGACUCUGUAGAGAAUGAGAGUGAGCCUGAUACUAAAGAUUCUUUUGAAAAAGCAAGUCACUCUGGAACUCAAGAUUCUGAUGAAAUUGCCAAAAGGAAAAGCAAAGAGAUUGGUUCCAGAGAAGAUGAUGAUUCUUUAGAAAAAGCGAGUCACUCUGAGACACAAGAUUCCGAUGAAAUUGCCAAAAGGAAAAGCAAAGAGAUUGGUUCCAGAGAAGAUGAUGAUUCUUUCGAAAAAGCGAGUCACUCUGGGACUCAAGAUUCCGAUGAAAUUGCCAAAAGGAAAAGCAAAAACAUUGGUUCCAGAGAAGAUGAUGAAUCUGUAGAGAAUGAGAGUGAGCUUGAUACUAAAGAUUCUUUCGAAAAAGCGAGUCACUCUGGGACUCAAGAUUCCGAUGAAAUUGCCAAAAGGAAAAGCAAAAAGAUUGGUUCCAGAGAAGAUGAUGACUCUGCAGAGAAUGAGAGUGAGCCUGAUACUAAAGAUUCUUUCGAAAAAGCGAGUCACUCUGGGACUCAAGAUUCCGAUGAAAUUGCCAAAAGGAAAAGCAAAGAGAUCGGUUCCAGAGAAGAUGAUGAUUCUGUAGAGAAUGAGAGUGAGCCUGAUACUAAAGAUUCUUUCGAAAAAGCGAGUCACUCUGGGACUCAAGAUUCCGAUGAAAUUGCCAAAAGGAAAAGCAAAGAGAUUGGUUCCAGAGAAGAUGAUGACUCUGUAGAGAAUGAGAGUGAGCUUGAUACUAAAGGUUCUUUCGAAAGAGCGAGUCACUCUGGGACUCAAGAUUCCGAUGAAAUUGCCAAAAGGAAAAGCAAAGAGUUCGGUUCCAGAGAAGAUGAUGACUCUGCAGAGAAUGAGAGUGAGCCUGAUACUAAAGAUUCUUUCGAAAAAGCGAGUCACUCUGGGACUCAAGAUUCCGAUGAAAUUGCCAAAAGGAAAAGCAAAGAGAUUGGUUCCAGAGAAGAUGAUGACUCUGUAGAGAAUGAGAGUGAGCUUGAUACUAAAGAUUCUUUCGAAAGAGCGAGUCACUCUGGGACUCAAGAUUCCGAUGAAAUUGCCAAAAGGAAAAGCAAAGAGAUUGGUUCCAGAGAAGAUGAUGACUCUGCAGAGAAUGAGAGUGAGCCUGAUACUAAAGAUUCUUUCGAAAAAGCGAGUCACUCUGGGACUCAAGAUUCCGAUGAAAUUGCCAAAAGGAAAAGCAAAGAGAUUGGUUCCAGAGAAGAUGAUGACUCUGCAGAGAAUGAGAGUGAGCCUGAUACUAAAGAUUCUUUCGAAAAAGCGAGUCACUCUGGGACUCAAGAUUCCGAUGAAAUUGCCAAAAGGAAAAGCAAAGAGAUUGGUUCCAGAGAAGAUGAUGACUCUGCAGAGAAUGAGAGUGAGCCUGAUACUAAAGAUUCUUUCGAAAAAGCGAGUCACUCUGGGACUCAAGAUUCCGAUGAAAUUGCCAAAAGGAAAAGCAAAGAGAUUGGUUCCAGAGAAGAUGAUGACUCUGCAGAGAAUGAGAGUGAGCCUGAUACUAAAGAUUCUUUCGAAAAAGCGAGUCACUCUGGGACUCAAGAUUCCGAUGAAAUUGCCAAAAGGAAAAGCAAAGAGAUUGGUUCCAGAGAAGAUGAUGACUCUGCAGAGAAUGAGAGUGAGCCUGAUACUAAAGAUUCUUUCGAAAAAGCGAGUCACUCUGGGACUCAAGAUUCCGAUGAAAUUGCCAAAAGGAAAAGCAAAGAGAUUGGUUCCAGAGAAGAUGAUGACUCUGCAGAGAAUGAGAGUGAGCCUGAUACUAAAGAUUCUUUCGAAAAAGCGAGUCACUCUGGGACUCAAGAUUCCGAUGAAAUUGCCAAAAGGAAAAGCAAAGAGAUUGGUUCCAGAGAAGAUGAUGACUCUGCAGAGAAUGAGAGUGAGCCUGAUACUAAAGAUUCUUUCGAAAAAGCGAGUCACUCUGGGACUCAAGAUUCCGAUGAAAUUGCCAAAAGGAAAAGCAAAGAGAUUGGUUCCAGAGAAGAUGAUGACUCUGCAGAGAAUGAGAGUGAGCCUGAUACUAAAGAUUCUUUCGAAAAAGCGAGUCACUCUGGGACUCAAGAUUCCAAUGAAAUUGCCAAAAGGAAAAGCAAAGAGAUUGGUUCCAGAGAAGAUGAUGACUCUGCAGAGAAUGAGAGUGAGCCUGAUACCAAAGAUUCUUUCGAAAAAGCGAGUCACUCUGCAACUCAAGAUUCUGAUGAAAUUGCCAAAAGGAAAAGCAAAGAGAUUGGUUCCAGAGAAGAUGAUGACUCUGUAGAGAAUGAGAGUGAGCCUGAUAACAAAGAUUCUGAUGAAAUUACCAAAAGGAAAAGCAAAGAGAUCAGUUCCAGAGAAGAUGAUGACUCUGUAGAGAAUGAGAGUGAGCCUGAUACUAAAGAUUCUUUCGAAAAAGCGAGUCACUCUGGGACUCAAGAUUCCGACGAAAUUGCCAAAAGGAAAAGCAAAGAGAUCGGUUCCAGAGAAGAUGAUGACUCUGUAGAGAAUGAGAGUGAGCCUGAUACUAAAGAUUCCAAUGAAAUUGUCAAAAGGAAAAGCAAAGAGAUUGGUUCCAGAGAAGAUGAUGAUUCUUUCGAAAAAGCGAGUCACUAUGAGACUCAAGAUUCGGACGAAAUUGCCAAAAGGAAAAGCAAAGAGAUUGGUUCCAGAGAAGAUGAUGACUCUGUAGAGAAUGAGAGUGAGCCUGAUACUAAAGAUUCUUUCGAAAAAGCGAGUCACUAUGGGACUCAAGAUUCCAAUGAAAUUACCAAAAGGAAAAGCAAAGAGAUCGGUUCCAGAGAAAAUGAUGACCCUGUAGAGAAUGAGAGCGAAUCUGAUACUAAAGAUUCUUUUGAAAAAGCGACUCACUCUGAGACACAAGAUUCCGAAGAAAUUGCCAAAAGGAAAAGCAAAGAGAUCGGUUCCAGAGAAGGUGAUGACUCUUUCGAAAAAGCGAGUCACUCUGAGACAAAAGAUUCCGAAGAAAUUGCCAAAAGGAAAAGCAAAGAGAUCAGUUCCAGAGAAGACUCUGUAGAGAAUGAGAGUGAACCUGAUACUAAAGAUUCUUUUGAAAAAGUGACUCACUCUGGGACUCAAGAUUCCAAUGAAAUUGCCAAAAGGAUAAACAAAGUGAUUGGUUCCAGAGAAGAUGAUGGUCCUUUCCUCGAGAAGCAGGAAGCCAAUUCUGUUGUGAAGAGGUCCAGGAGAUCAAUCCGCGAAUACUAUGAAAGGCACCGUGAAUAUUAUUACAAGACACCAUUUGAAAAACGCAAGGAGAUAUGUGAGUCGUACUAUCCUUGUGACUACCUAGCAAACCGGAUUGGAUACCAAAAUGCCUACAUACAAUACUUUGGAUAUUAUUAAUAAUAAACCCUAGGACUGAAAGCAUCAUUAACAUCACAGAACUUUACACUGCACAAUAUCAGGCACAGUGAAUCAGCGACAUUUGCAAUGUUGAUCAAAAACUUGGAAACAGUUUCUGUAGUGUUUUAAUUUAGUUCUGCUGGUCAUAACGUAGCCCGUUGGAACCUCUGGUUUAAAAGUGCCCAAUGCACCCGAGAACAGGGACAAGAAGCUUAUUCCUUGCUUAAAGAUCAAUUACACCUUCUCACCACAUACCUCAGUAAGUUCUCCCUCUCCAAAACACACUUCAUCCUCUGUCAACCCCCUUCACACUGUUCUUUCUGCUAACUUAUUCCCGAAUCAGUUCCACGGAUUUCUUCCUUACCCAGACUUCCUCAUUAUUAGUUCAUGUUGCCUGGAAUUUGAGUUCUGUGUGAACCUGUUUCUCUGAAAUUUCUCCAGAUCAUUCCUAUGACUGAUUUUUAUUCCCCAAACACAGUUGCUCCCUUUCCAACUUUAAUUUUUUUUUAAGUGCUGCUAGUUUUUCAGAUAUAUAAGGAGAACUGAACCCAAGGCUCUGGGUCUCCUUGCCACAUUGU